GGAAAGGAACAGUAGAGAUAAAGGGAGAAGAGAAAGCAUAGUGAGAGAGAGAGGGAGAACAGAAAGAAAUAGUGUAAAGACAGAGAGGGGAGAGAGAGAAAUAAUGAGAAAAGCUGAGUGAUUGAAAGUAAGAGGAAGUGUGUGUGUGCGCGCGUGCGUGAGAGGUGAAAAAAAAAAGAUGGACUGCGUUGGACUACCUUCUGGCUGGAAAAGAGAAGAAGUGGUUAGGAAAUCUGGUCUGUCUGCUGGGAAGACUGAUGUCUAUUAUUAUAGCCCUGAUGGCAAGAAAAUACGCAGCAAGCCCCAGCUCGCUCGACAUCUAGGAGAUGUCAUUGAUCUCAGUGCGUUUGACUUCCGAACCGGACGAAUCAUCCACAGUGCUCUGCGGAAAAGCAAGCGGUCUAAAGGUUCGUCGUUUGACUUUGCUCGAGGAAUGCGCCAUGACUCCAGUUUAGCAUUGCCAAUCCGUCAGACAGCUUCAAUAUUUAAACAACCAGUGACAGUCAUUCGAACACGUCCAGAGAGUCGACCUAAGACAGAUCUCAAACAUGGACCUCAAGAGCAACCUAAACAGCUGUUUUGGGAAAAACGAUUGCGUGGUGUCCAGCCUCGUGAUGUUAAUGAUGAUCCAUUUGUUGCUUUGGAACUUCCUCUUAACAUGCAAGCUCUCUUUGUAGGUGUUGGGCCUGACUUGACCACUGAAAAUAUUCUGCAGAGCAUUGCCGCAGCUUUACACGUUAGUAACAUCCCUGUAACUGGCCAGAACUCUAGUAAAUCAAUUCAGAAAAAUCCUGGAGUCAACAUGGAUGCUAACCAACCUAAAAUGCAGCCAAAUCAUGUUGAAACACAAGUUUUCAAUGGAUCAGCAAAUUUAAGCAGCAACAGCCCUGUACAUGAUGGUCUCUGAUACAGAUGUGAAACGCCAAGAGUACAAAGUAGUGGAAGCUAGAAAGAAACUUCAAGAUGCUCUUGUAGGAGUUUCAUAAUUUUAGCUUUUCUUAAAUGUCAGCCACAGCAGCAAUUGUAGCUACAACAGAUGACAACAGAAGCACCAGCAGUAACAAGAGCACUGAUGGCAUUGAUGGCUGAUAUCUCUUCUCCCUCUCCACCGAACUACAACCAUGGACAUUAUAAUGUUUCUUUUUCUUUGUUCCUGUUUCUCAUGAUAUUAGGUGUAAUUCUAUAUAUAAACAAUGCAUUACAUAUAUAUAUAUAUAUAUAUAUAUAUAUAUAUAUAUAUAUGAGCAUACCUACACACAUGCACACAUGUAAAUGUAUAGAAUAUAAUUGGGUCAAAUUGGCUGUCACCUCUGUCAGUGAUGAAGCUGAUUCAUAAACACAAUAUAUGUAUGUAUAAAUGAUGUACAGAUUUGUGUGUACAUACAUGCAUGGAUUCAGAACUUAACAAUAUUGUGUGUGUGUGUGUGUGUGUGUGUCUGUGUAUGCCUCUAUAUCUGUAUGCAUGUGUGUACGUGUAUAACCAUCCAUGUUUACAUGUAUAAAUCUUGACUUCCAUCUUCUCUUCAGAGCUGGCCAUGUUGUUGUGUGUGAUGAUGCUAGCCAAAAUGCUUAUAACAGUCAAUCACUUAUUCAAAAAGGACAUGAUUCUUUGCAUACACACACACACACACACACACGCCAUCGGCCUUCAUUUCAUUCACUUUCAUUUUUAAGUUUCUUUGACACAUUUGAGAUAAAUUAUAUUUUCAUUUUAUGAUUCAGCUUAUUGUCACAGACUUUCAUAUUCUAUCUGUAUUGUAAAAGAGGAAAUAACAGGCCUGUGACUGAUUGUGUUUACUCAAAGUUGUUAUAUACUAUCAUAUGAAGUUUAAAGUUUAUUUGUAUUCACAUAAGGGUGGCAGAGAGGGUAGAAAGAGUUGUAGAGUGGAACAGGUACUCUACAAUAUCUAAUUUGGCGCCACAUAUUUCUGUUUUCAAAUUCUGCCAGGCCCAAAAUUCCUCUUAUCUUUCCAUGGGCUGAUAAAGUAUCAGUAUAAUAUUGUGGUAGAAUCAAUGAACUGUACUCUACUCUCUUUACAAAAACAGCCUUGUUCUUAACAACAGAAGUCCUUAUUUGGAUUCAUGGGGCAGCUGGGCAUGAUGGUAAAACAGCAAGCUGUUGGGAAACUGGAUCCAUAUGACAGUUCUAGUGCUUAUUAUGAGGCUACUUAUAGGAGCAAAAAUGUUUUGGGCAUCAAAUCUCCAUUUCUGUGUCCCAUCUUCACUAUAAAUCUAUGUAUUUUUGCCAAUGUAAGAGCAUUGUUUGAAAUUUAAACAAUUUUUUAGUGAAUAAGACUGUGAAACAGACCCAGAUGAUUAGAUACAGAAAAAGUGCCAGACAAAAAUGAAGAAUUUGAAAUAAAUUAGAAGAUAGUUCAAAUCCAUUGUGUAACAAGAUUAUCAUGGUUAACCUGGCCCCGUGAUAAACGAAUGUAAUAAAGAGCUCUGUGUAUGUAUGUGAAAUAGCUUCAAGAUUAUCAUCAUUAUCAAUAGUAGCAGCAGUAAAGUGUUGUUCAGUGACUCAGUGAUCAGCAGCAUUACAAUAUCCUGAUGAUUAUAAUUCAGUUAUGAUUAGUUUGACAACAUUACUCUGUUGAAUUUUUGAUUUGAUCCACAUUGUUCCGACUGCUGAGUUCCUGACUUAGUCUGGAGUCACAAUAUUAGUCAUCUCCAAUUUAUUUCAGAUAUAGAAUCACAUCAGUAUAUCUUGUUAGUAUCAGAAGAGAAUUUUGAACCAAUGUUAUUUGAUAAAUUCUCUUCAUUCAUCAAUCUAACGUUAUCAUAAAUCAUUUCUGUUAAGUGGCUUGAGCUAAUGUUUUAAUUUUACUGUGGGGCCAGAGAUUCUGGCAAUGUCAGGGACCACAUACUCAACUUUAUUGUUUUACUUAUUAAGGUUGCUUUAGGGUUGUUGAUUACUAGCAAUUACUUUGUCAUAUAUACUUAUGUCCCCCCCCCACUAAACACAGGGCUCCAGAUUUAUAGGUGAAGUGGGGAAAUGGGAUAUAAGUAUAAAUGAAAGAAAAUAAUCUUUUAGCUGCGAAAUAAAAUUGGAGCCGUGGAAUUUGCUCGCUGGCAGAUCAGCUCUUCUGUAGUACUUGCCAUAGUUUUUAUAUUAUCAUUUAUUUCAAGAUACAUUUCUGUUCAAUAAAUAUAUUGAAAAGGAGAAAACUGAAAAUACAUAAACAAUGCUAAUAUUGUCACUGAUUCAGCUGGCCAUACUGUUGCCUCUAAUUAUACAAGUUGACCCUAGUCAUAAAGAAAUCAAGUAAGACUACAAAUAUUUAAACUAAUAAAUCUAUAAAACAAUAUUGUUUCUCACAUUUCUAUUCAACCGAUCCAUUCA